GUCGUCCAAGGAGUCGUCCAAGGAGUCGCCCAAGGAAACCACGCUGAAAGAGCCACCUGUGUCCAGUCCGGGAGAGGCUGAUGGUUUGGAGAAGCAUCCUUGGUUGCUGGCAGAUGGUCGCCUGGUCACAGCUCGCUUGGAAGGUGAGAAUCUGGCCUUGAAGCGUGCUGUGAUGAAGGCCCGGAGAGAGAUUGAUGGGCUGCUGAAGGGAAGGGCAGAAGCAGAGGCCCGGGUGAGGGUGCUGAACGAAGAGAAUACAGCGGCAGCAGAGGCGUUGCGCCGUUGCACUAGCUCCCUACUUCCGGACCCAAAGACACCAGGCGCAGAAGCUGGCGCCGGUGGAAGCUUUCGGGGCAGCUUUGGUCUCAGCGAUGGCUUCACGAGUCUCGGCCUGGGCCUGGGGGGACGAGGAUCGACAAAGAAUGGAGAUCCAGGAACACCCGUGGCACAGAACGUGGAUGAGGCAAAGUCCUUGAAAUACACUGCUUCUGGUGACUCUGCUGCUGGAGGAAGCACUGGUGUUGGUCCAGGUGUUGGCCUCAAGGCUAAGGCACUGAAACGCUGA